AUGUUCCUAUGGGUAUUGCACAAUGCACAGGAUUGGCAUGCGCACCUUUCUGUCAAAAUUUAUGAGGAAAAUGAUUUCCCCGUAUCACGUGCAUCGGCAUUCAUCUCUUCUCCGGGAACCAGCAUGUCGUCUUAUAGCCGGACCCGUGCAGCUGGAACCGAUGGGCAGGCGUACUACGAGGCGACGAAGGAGCGACUUGCGAAGAUACAGUCGCAUCUGGCAAAUAGUCCUCGAGGCAGAAGGUUACAGGACAAAGUGUGCAUUGUUACUGGUGUCGGUUCGUUAAAAGGUAUUGGACGGGCCAGUGCGCUGCUGUAUGCCCACGAAGGAGCCAAGCAUCUGUAUCUGCUCGACUUUGACGGCACCCACUUGGCCAAUCUGCAGGAGACGAUCCAGACGCAAUAUCCAGACGUCAAAGCGACUGUUCAACAAGGGGAUGCCGCAGACGAGGCGCUCAUCUCUGGGCUCUGCCAACGCGCGUUGAAAGAGGAGGGAAGGCUGGACGUGUUCUUUGCCAAUGCUGGCGUCGCUACUGCCACUGCCUUGGAGUCCACCACAUCGGAGGAAUUUAUGCGGGUGAUGCGAGUUAACACACUCUCGACUUUUCUUGCUGUCAAACAUGCCUCUGCUGCGAUGAAGGUCGUCAACGCCUCCCGGGGGAAGACCGGCAGCGGAGGGAGCAUCAUAUUGACCGCCUCGGUUGCCGGAAUUCGCUCUGGUGCUGGGCCUAUCGACUAUAGCGCGAGCAAAGCGGCUGUUAACUCGAUCGCAAAGACCUCCGUGUACCAGCUGCAAAAGACUAACAUUCGCGUCAACUCUAUUUGCCCGGGGCUCAUCGAGACGGGCAUGACUGUCGAGACUUUCGACUUCGCGAGGAAACGCGGGGCAGACGCCAAAAUCGGGCAGCUGAACCCGUUGGCUCGAUACGGCGUUGCAGAGGAAAUCGCGCAGGUCGCAUUAUUCCUCGCAUCUGACGAGUCGAGCUACAUCAACGGACAAAACGUAGCUGUCGACGGGGGCCUGUCGGCUUCGCAUCCCGUAGUGCCUGGCAGGUGGGCGUGA